GAUUAUUCUUGUAACUUUACAACAUUUGCUAAUAAUACUAAACACCAGUUUUAACUACCAUCAACUGCAAGCGGAACAUAAUAACCUCCGCACAUCCACCGUCGGAACUUAACAGUGUGACAUCCAGCGGAAGUAAACAAACACUACAGCUGUUAGCAGCGUUAGCUCUGUGCACGCCACGUGAAUGAAUGAAGUGGAAGACGGCAUUGUAGCGGAGACACAGUCAAUUAUUUCAUUCGUAAUUAAGCAACAAUGUCUUCAGUUGAGUGUUUGAGAGAGUUUGUCAACGAGCGACUAACUGCUGCUGCUGAAGAAAUAUUUGGAGUUUUUAUAAAAACUAUCGUCGAGUACGAAGAAGAGAUCUAUCGUCAGCGCAAACUGCUGGAUAUCGUUUGGAAACCUGAAAUAAAGUUACACAGGAUAGAUCUCCAACAGCAACAUGUCUGUGAGGAGGAAGAGGAGGAGGUUCUCACUGACCAGCAGCUCUGUAACCAGGAGAGGAGCUCCAGUCUGGACCAAGAGGACCCAGAGCCUGUACAGAUUAAAGAGGAACAGGAGGAACUCUGCACCAGUCAGGAGGGAGAGGAGCUUGUGAUGAAGGUGGAGGCUGAUACCUUCGUGGUGACUCCUAAUGAUGAGGAAAGGGACCACAGUGAAGCAGAACCUGAAAGUGACCACCAGCUGCUGUUGAACAACUGUAAUGCAUCUGAGAGCCAAGAUCAGAAAGGAUACAAGACUGAAGACUCUACUAGAGAUGCAGAGUCAGAAGAAGAGAUCUAUCGUCAGCGCAAACUGCUGGAUAUCGUUUGGAAACCUGAAAUAAAGUUACACAGGAUAGAUCUCCAACAGCAACAUGUCUGUGAGGAGGAGGAGGAAGAGGAGGAGGUUCUCACUGACCAGCAGCUCUGUAACCAGGAGAGGAGCUCCAGUCUGGACCAAGAGGACCCAGAGCCUGUACAGAAUAAAGAGGAACAGGAAGAACUCUGCACCAGUCAGGAGGGAGAGGAGCUUGUGAUGAAGGUGGAGGCUGAUACCUUUGUGGUGACUCCUACUGAUGAGGAAAGGGACCACAGUGAAGCAGAACCUGAAAGUGACCACCAGCUGCUGUUGAACAACUGUAAUGCAGCUGAGAGCCAAGAUCAGAAAGGACACAAGAAUGAAGACUCUACUAGAGAUGCAGAGUCAGAACAAAACAAUCAACAGUAUGAAAACAGAAGUCACAGUGACCUCGUCAACAAACCUAACUCGUCAGGGGCUGACAGUAAUAUUCACAAACACUCUUUUAAAUGUGACACUUGUGGAAAGGAUUGUAAACAUAAGUCAGUACUUGUGAACCACAUGAGAAUACACACAGGUGAGAAGCCGUACCUUUGCAAAACCUGCGGGAAAAGAUUUUGUAGAAUUUAUUCAUUGAAAGUACAUCAAAGAGUUCACACAGGUGAGAAGCCGUAUAUUUGCAAGAUCUGUGGGAAAAGAUUCAGUUUAGUAACAACAUUGAAAAAGCAUCAAAGAGUUCACACAGGUGAGAAGCCGUAUAUUUGUACAACAUGUGGGAAAGCUUUCACACAGGGAUCUAAUUUGAACGCCCACAUUAGAUGCGUCCACAAUAAUGAGAAGCCAUGUCUUUGCAAGAUCUGUGGGAAAAGAUUCAGUGAAGAGUCAACAUUGAAAAAGCAUCAGAAAUUUCACACAGGUGAGAAGCCAUAUAUUUGUACAACAUGUGGGAAAGAUUUCACACAGGGAUCUGAUUUGAAGAAACACAUUAGAUUCGUCCACAAUAAAGAGAAGCCGUAUAUUUGCAAAACCUGCGGGAAAAGAUUUAGUAGAAUUGAUUUAUUGAAAGUACAUCAAAGAGUUCACACAGGUGAGAAGCCGUAUAUUUGCAAGAUCUGUGGGAAAAGAUUCAGUGUAGUAACAACAUUGAACCAGCAUCAGAGAGUUCACACAGGUGAGAAGCCAUAUAUUUGUACAUGUGGGAAAGCUUUUGCACAGGGAUCUAAUUUGAACGCCCACAUUAGAUUCGUCCACAAUAAAGAGAAGCCGUAUAUUUGCAAGAUCUGUGGGAAAAGAUUCAGUGUAGUAACAACAUUGAACCAGCAUCAGAGAGUUCACACAGGUGAGAAGCCAUAUAUUUGUACAUGUGGGAAAGCUUUCCAUCCCUCUAACUUCUCACAAGUGUUCUUGAUGGAGGCUGAAUCCCUGAGGCUGCUGUCGAAGAACUUUCCCAAGCUCUUUAUCGGCUUCUCAGAGAUGGUGGGGAUUGGUGUUCCUGAGAUAGAGAAGCGGAACUUGUCUGCUACUCUGCCCUUCUUCAAGACCAAGGAUCUUGACUUUGUUUGCUUGAAAGACAUCCUGGCCCAUUCCAUUAGCCUCUCCAGCCCCGUCAAGAUCCAUCUGCCUCAAGGCACUGACUCGGUGGUUACUGUUAGGUCAUCCAUGAAGGCACGGAUAGGUGGUUGGCAGAUCCCAGAUUUGGACUUGGGACCUCUGCACAGUCUGGAUCUGAGUGACCACGCCAGUGUGCUCAAAGCAUCCUGGUACGCCGGGGAUGCCACCCUUCUGCAUGGAGGUGUCGAGAUCUCCAACAGCAACAUGUCUGUGAGGAGGAAGGGGAGGAGGUUCUCACUGACCAGCGCUCUGAACAGGAGAGGAGCUCCGUCUGGACCAGAGGACCCAGACCUGUACAGAGAAAGGGAACAGGAGACUCUGCACCAGUCAGGAGGGAGAAAGGAGCUUGUGAUAAGGUGGAGCGGAUACCUUGUGUUGUACAACAAUGUGGGAGAGCUUUUCAGAUACAGUCGUACCUUGAGUAUACACAUUAGAUGCGUCCACAAUAAUGAGAGGCUGUACCUUUGCAAGAUCUGUGGGAAAAGAUUCAGUGUAGUAACAACAUUGAAAAUGCAUCAGAGAGUUCACACGGUAAAGCCGUAUAUUUGCACAUCAUGUGGGAAAGCUUUUGCACAGAGAAGUAACUUGAAUUACCACGUUAGAAAUGUCCACAAUAAAGAGAAGCCCUACCUUUGCAAGAUCUGUGGGAAAAGAUUCAGUAGAGUGUCAACAUUGAAAACGCAUCAGAGAGUUCAUACAGGUGAGAAGCCAUAUAUUUGUACAACAUGUGGGAAAGCUUUUUCACAGGGAUGUCAUCUGAAAAUCCACAUUAGACGUGUCCACAAUGGUGAGAAGCCGUACGCUUGCAAGUGUGAGAAAAGGUUCAUUGUUCUGACACACUUGAAAAAACAUGCAGCAACACACACAGGUAAGGGGCCUUACAUGAAACAGUGGUAAGAAAACA